CUCGCUAUAGUCAUCAUGGCUCCUCCGCUUGCAGACAUUCUGCAUAGAGGCGUGACCACAACUCUGGCCGCCAUCACCGUCUGGGGUUUAUACGCUGGUGUCUCUAUCCACCAGGACACGUUACGAAGGGGUCGUGAGCUGGUAGCCAAACAAGAAGCGGAGGCAGCGAAACACGCAGAGCUCGGGCAGCUGACGCAUUUGGAUGAGGCACGCGAACAAGCUCUCGCUGAAGCGGCCACCAACGCCCUUUUACCUUCGAGCAAAUCUGCAUGAAACGGAUAAGUCAUAUCGCGUGUGUGCCAUCACAUCGAGUGCACGGACUACCGUAUGAUAUGCGCCAUCUGUCCGCCUUACUCACUGUCAAAUGGCGGAGAUUGCGUGUGACCACGAGCUCGAGCCGGAGCGCCGAGGUCUGUUUUUUCCCCAUCGGGGCCACACCGGUGCACCGCGCUGCAUCAUCGGGUUGUGGGUCAGAAGCGGUUGUCCUGUCGUCGUUAGCGCUGCCCUGUAUCGUACCGAAGUCAUCUAAUAGAGAAUGUACAGCAUCGUACGUUUGGGGAGUCGUUUGCCUCCAUGUGCAGCGCCUGCUGCGCGCCACGAU